AUGAAGAUCUCAUCUCCCGUCAUUGCGGUUGCCGCCAUUGCCUUCGCUUCUUCCGCCAACGCCUGGCGUUUGAAUGCCUACCAGCUCCAGAACUCUGAGGGUCCCAAGUUCACUGCUGGUGGACCGGGCGCUUCCGGAAGUGCCUGUCACAGCGUUGGUGAUCUUAACAACAAAAUCUCCUCCAUCGAGUGGUACUCCGAUGACCCAACACACAACACCCGCUGUUGCUUCGUCCCCUUCAACGGCCUUGGCUGCACCGAUGGCCUUGGUCAGAGCUGGUGCCGCAACAUUCGUGUCUACGACCUUGGUAUGAUCGGUAUGGACAACAAGAUCAGCUCUUUCCGUACCGACUGCUAUAAACCAACCACCAAGCGCAUGGAGGAGUUCCAGUUCUAG